AUGCUGGAGGGAGGCGGUGAGAUGGGAACUCGAGAAAUGGCUGGGACAAUCCGUUGUGAUGUUUGUGGUUGCAUUCUGCGAAAUCUCAAUUUCCAAAUCACAAAGCCCUAUUCCAUCAUUGCUGAGAGGUUAACGACUGCACUGCGUUGGGAAUCUCCUCAACAGCUCAAUGCCAUAGUUCUCACCUAUCUGCUCACCUACUUCCCACUAAGUCGACGCUUUUAUGUCCCCUCCUCUCAAGUGCUGAGUGUCGGCCCUGAUGAGCGUAAACAAGUUCGCAUUGAAAAGUGGCUCACGUUCUGUCGCAUUGACAGUCAAGCACUCCUGCACGUCCUCGAGGAUGACACAAUAUUGAAGGCUUUGUGA